GCUGGAACAAAAACAAGCGAGUUGGUGGGCAGGGCUGGGCUGUGGCCCUUUUCGGUGGCUGCCGUCGCUAAUUCCCAUUUUAAGAAAAAGCCCAUAUUUAACCUCAUCCAAGGACACGUACACAUAACGGGAUGAGGUAGAAUCCGUCACGCGUGUGUGCCGGUCUUCCACCAGCACUGAGACAUGGCUUGGAGGACUCUCCACAUCCUGUUGCUGCUGCUUUUCAAGUGGGCCUUCCAAACAUCUGCUGAGGGCUCAGAUGGGCAGCUAGUGUGCCUGUGUGACAGUCCAAAAUGCCUCCAGGACCAGUGCCAGGGCACGCGCUGCUUCUCCUCAGUGCGGGUGGGCUCCAGCGGCGUGGUGUUUGAGCGUGGCUGCCUGGAGGGCCCCAAGAAAACACGCUUGCACUGCUCCACUCAGCCAUCCUCCCACCAGGCCAUUUCCUGCUGCUCCCAUGACAUGUGCAACCUCAACACUACCAGGAGCUCAGUGAUGGCGCUUCUGCCUUCAGCCCCACAGGAAGAGCCGGUCGGGUACGGUGUCGGGAUGCUGGCGCUCUUCGUGGUGGGUCCAAUUGUGGUUCUGGUCCUGCUGUCUGUGGCAUUGGCGCUGGCCUGCAGGAGGCUCCACCAUGGUCGUUUGCAGAGGCUGCAGGAGUUUGACACGGAGCAGGGAGCCGUGGAGGGCCUCAUCACCUCCAACGUGGGGGACAGCACUUUAGCGGACUUACUGGAUCACUCGUGCACAUCAGGGAGUGGUUCGGGUCUUCCAUUCUUGGUCCAGAGGACGGUUGCUAGGCAGAUCAGUCUGGUGGAGUGUGUUGGCAAGGGGCGGUAUGGUGAGGUGUGGCGAGGCCAGUGGCAAGGCGAGAACGUGGCUGUCAAAAUCUUCUCCUCAAGAGAUGAAAAGUCCUGGUUCCGAGAGACCGAGAUCUACAACACUGUGCUCCUCAGACAUGAGAACAUCCUGGGCUUCAUGGCAUCCGACAUGACCUCACGCAACUCCAGCACCCAGCUGUGGCUCAUCACCCACUACCACGAAAACGGCUCCCUGUACGACUAUUUGCAGCGGGUCGCUGUGGAGCCGCCGGAGGGCCUGGCCAUGGCGGCAUCCAUCGCCAGCGGGCUGGUGCACCUGCACACGGAGAUCUUUGGCACAGAGGGCAAGCCGGCCAUCGCACACCGGGACCUGAAGAGCAAGAACAUCUUGGUGACAAAGGAGCUGCGCUGCUGCAUUGCCGACCUUGGGCUGGCGGUGACCCACUCCCAGGCAGACAACUUGCUGGACGUGGGCAACAACCCCAAAGUGGGCACCAAGCGCUACAUGGCGCCCGAGGUCCUGGACGAGAGCAUACAGACGGACUGCUUCGACGCCUUCAAGAGGGUGGACAUCUGGGCCUUCGGGCUGGUGCUGUGGGAGAUAGCGAGGCGCACCUACAGCAACGGUAUCAUAGAAGACUACAAGCCUCCCUUCUAUGAUCUGGUGCCAAACGACCCGAGUUUUGAGGAGAUGAGGAAGGUGGUCUGUGUGGAACAGCAGAGGCCUUUCAUACCCAAUCGUUGGUUCUCUGACCCGACGCUCUCAUCUUUGGUGAAGCUGAUGAAGGAGUGUUGGUACCAGAACCCGUCAGCCAGGUUGACAGCGCUGCGCAUCAAGAAGACCCUGGAUAAGAUCCACAGCUCCCUGGACAAGGUGAAGGACUCGUGAGAGGAGCAUCCUUUCUUCCCUUCUCCCUUGGUUGCCUUCCACUGGUUUGGUCCGUACCGGGCCUUUACAAGACGGGGGGGUGGGGAGACACGUGUAGCUCCAUCAGCAGGACCAGGAACACUUCUAAUGUUCUACUCUGGCUAGAGACAAUCAGGAGUUAGCCAACAGACUUGACUCUGUGUACUUAGCUUAUCACAUCGCUACGGAGGCAAACACGUCCAUUUGCUGUGGUCAUGGCUCCAUCGUCAUAGCGCUAGAGCUGCAAAAUAGGAAUACAUCUGCAGAUAUUACAGUUGGAGUCUGUGAAGGGACAGGGGAGGUCAAGGAAUAUUUGUUUACACUAGUGACUUUUUAUUUUUAAGAUAUGGAGGUUUACUGUCUAGCGAGCUGGACCUCUGCAUACUCCCCUCGCCGCCCAUCUUGCCUCACUGCACUAAGCACCUGAAUAAGGACAAACAAAACACUCCAUCUACAGUAGGAAACAUUUUAUUUAUGCCUUGAAGUUGCCUAGGUGUGCGGUUACAGGUGAAUUUGCUCACAAAUGCUCAUUUUUGUCUUUUUAUAUGUAAUAAAACAUUUGCUGCA